GUAACACACGUAAUUUUGAACGCAACAUAACUAGCGCACUACGCCACGCAUACUGGGCGAAUCCCAAUCGGAAGUGAUCAUCACUAUGCCCUAUUCCCUUCGAAGAUCAGAACUCUUAAUGUGUAAACUUUAGGGUGAGUUGCGCAAUUGUGUUUCAUACUGUGACAGAUCAAAAUACACUUGGCAAACAGAGUAAUGAAAAACAAAGUUAUUUUAUCUUAAUCCGGAGCGACCCCUUCUUGAAGUGCCCUUCAGAGGGGAAAAUAUCCCGUUUUGAACACAUCCAGUAGUUUGACUCUCAGCGCGCAUGCGCACAGAUGAGGAGAACAUCACAGAAGAUGGCGGCUGUGCAUAGAGUAGACGUGAGACGAUCAGCUAUGGGAGUUUUUAUAGUGUUAAUGUCUCUGCAGAUUCUAUCUGUUCGAUGUAAUCCAGUGACAACAUCGGGUAAGAUUAUUCAGGGCAGCAGUGAGCAUCCAACUGAAAACGAGGAAACACCUAAUGUUUCCACCACAAUAAAUGACAGUAAUGUGGAUAAACCGGCUGAGGUGUUGAGUACAACAACAGCAGCUCCUAUUGUUCACAUCAACCUCACCAAAACAAUAUCACCUGCUGCCGCCACCGCUCUGCUUUUACCCUCCACCACAGUCAUCAGUACAACCACUGUGGUGGAUGAAGAACAAGCUUCCCAGAAGGCCAACCCUGUGUCUGCAGACAAACAGCCCACCAUCACCAUCCCUGAUGAAACUAAAGAAGAGGAUUACAUGGACGAUAUUACCCCAGGACCUAACAUUGGAGAUGAAGACAUUAACGAUGAUGACGGCGAUGACGACCAAGAUAACUAUAUUAUCUCGGCCACUCAGGGUAAUGAGAGGAAUCUUCAUAAUGGCCCUGACAUAGAUGUUCACAUAGACACAACAGUCUACACACCUCGGGAUGAAGAUUCACAUUUCUUCUUUCACCUGGUCAUCAUCGCUUUUCUGGUGGCCAUCUUGUACAUCACCUAUCACAACAAGAGAAAGAUCAUGCUAUUGGCUCAGAGUCGUCGCUGGAGGGACGGGAUCUGCUCGCGAGGAGUCGAUUAUCACCGACUUGACCAGAACGUUCAGGAAGCCAUGCCUUCACUCAAGAUGACCAAGGAUUACGUCUUUUGACCGAUUCAAUAGUUUACUGAAGAGAUGCUGAUUUUGUCUACACAUGGUGUCUUAUUUAAUCGGGGGAUGAGAAAUUGGGAUAAUUUACUUUGUGUACUCUGGUAUCAGAUUGUUUUUUAUUUCUGUUGUUUGUUUUCUUUAAAUGCAGAUGUUUCAGAAUUAAUGUUGAAAUUGAUGUUUUUCUAAAUUUCAUUUUAAACCUUUUACACUUAAAGGUGCAGUGUGUACAUUUUAGUGGUGAGGUUGCGAAUUGCAACCAACUGCUCAGUCUACUGCUUACCCAUCGCUUUUGAAACGCAUAGAGAAGCUACGAUAGUCGCCACCAGAAAAAUGUCAACGUCUGAGAUUUUCUUCUGUAGAAACAUGGUGGCACGAAAUGGCGACUUCCAUGUAAGGGGAGCCUCAGUGUAUGUAGAUAAAAACGUCUCAUCCUAAGGUUAUAAAAACAUAACGGUUCAUUAUAAAAAGGUCUUUAUACACCCCUGAUAAUAUAGUUUUGUAUAUUAUUUUGCAUUUCUGUCAAGAGAUCCUCCUAAAAAUUACACACUGCACCUUUAAUUUAAUCUUAAUGUGAAAACAAUCAGAUAAAUACUGUUGAUUUAUUUAAAGAAAGGGGAAUGAGGGUUUGUUUAUGUAAAGAUUAACAUUAUCAUGUUGGCCUGAAGAGACGUGAGGAUUUUUUUCAGCUACGUAAGCGCUGCACACAAAUGUAAAGGCUGUACCUUACAAUGUUGCAAUUUAAAGUCUGCACUAAAACAUAAGUGAUAUAUUGUUUAUUUUGAGUCCAGCACAACAACGGUUUAUUAUUGAUUACCUCUGUGAUGAUGUGAAACUGUGUGUGUUCUGCUCUGCUAAUAGAAAUUAGGACGUUCAAUCUGAGUUUGCUUUGCUAUGCAGCUGUUUUUGGGGCAGGCCCUUCUAUAUUUGUGUUUUGACUUCAGUGAAGUUGUUUUAUAUUGCACACGCUGGCUAGAUGAGCAGCUUCUGUCGUUGCCAAAGUUGUGGAGUUUUUUUUUUUAUUCAUUCCCUUCAGUCAUUGCACAUGUGUUUUUAUGGCAAACACUGUAUAACAGCUGUAGCAAGAACCGCUAAAAUCAUCAAACUGAGUGCAGAAAUAGUCUCUAAUAAUGUAGCCUGACGUUUGUAAUUUAUUUGAGAGGAAGGCAGUUGUUUACUGAAUCAGUGGACUGAAUUCAUUUACGUGAAAGCACAUGAGGGGUUGCAUCUGUGCAUGCAUUAUGUGUGAAGAUAAGUUGCCUCUUCUUCAAUCAAUAAAGCUUAUUCAAACGGGUAA